AAAGUGUGAGGAGGAAGCUGUGGUCUGGUCGUUGACUGUACAAACACCGCCUGUUCCUCCACAUAUGGGCAGCUGCUGCUGUAAUCAGUAUACCUGCGGGAAUCUCUGCAAUUACCCUCCGGCUGCAGGGAAGAGAGCAGUACAUUUAUAUUCCAUAUCACCAGGUAGAUGCACCAUGGUCUCUCCAUGCACUACGCAGCCAUGACUGAGAACAAGUCCAGGUCUACGAGGGUCCGGUGGUGAGGCUUGGCCAACCUUCAGCUGGUAGCUAUGAAUUCCUCAGAGGACAUCAGCAAUAAUGAGAGCAGCCAGAAGAUCUCUGUCAUCAUUAUCCCAGCCCUGCUCUCAGCCUCUACCCUACUGGUGGUGGUCAUCAUCUUAUGGAAGACCUACCACAAGAAGCGGGAGAAAGGAGGAGGCUCAGAAGACCGCACAGCAGAUUAUGUGGAUGGAACAUGGGCUGUGAACGCAGCUGCUGUCUACGAGAAUUUCCCUGGGAUCUCGGACGCCAUACUGGAGAAGAAGCAGUUGCCCAGUGACUGGAGAAUCGAGGACAAGGUUGUCCUAUGCAGUGGACACUAUGGUCCCAUCAGCCGGGCAGUUCUUCUCCGGUCGGGGGAGGCAGAGGACAGACGAGAUGUGAUCCUCAAGGAGCUGUCUGAGCACUGCAGCCCAGGAGAAGUCCAGGACUUCGUUGACCUCAUGAAGUUCUAUGUGCAAGUCUGUGUACACGACAAGCUGGUGAAGAUGCUUUGGUGCCAGGCCCAAUCCAGGCCCCUAUCUCUCAUCUUGGAGGCAAUGACCUUGGGGAAUCUGCUGACGUUUCUCCGGGACUCCCACCAGGAGGCCCGAGCCACACAGGAGACUGUCUACAGGAUCACAGAGAAGGACGUCUGCUCAAUGGCUGCCCAAGUGGCCAGCGGCCUGGAAUACCUGACAGGAACACACAAUCUAGUACACGGAUACGUGGCAGCGUGUAAUGUCCUUAUCCACGAAGAUAUGAGCGUCCGGCUGUGCGGCCUGGGCCUGGCUGCCAUACAGUACCGGACUGGUUCCGUUGCUGCACAGAGAGCUGCCCGUGUACCCCUGAAGUGGCAGUCACCGGAGCGGCUGAGAGGGGCGGACAUCACGGAGAAGAGCGAUGUGUGGUCAUUCGGGAUCCUGCUGUACGAGCUGAUCACAGCAGGUUCCCCACCGUAUCCAGCGCUGGAUCCUGCAGACGUGCCGCAGAAACUGCAGAAGAAAUACAGGAUGGAGCAGCCGCAGAGAUGUGGGGAUCAGCUGUACCAGGUGAUGAUGGAUUGCUGGCAGUGGGAGGCGCAGAAGAGACCGUUCCUUUCCGAUGUGGUGAAACAGCUGCAGAAGGCCUUGGACACGGCUGAUGGACAUACAGCCCUCACAGCCGUGGACACCCUCAGCUGGGGGGAGUACCUGCUUGUGGCCGGGAUAUCAUUAUGACACCAGUCAGUGACUAUCUCUGAGAAGAUCGGGACAUUAAUGUUCUCUAAACCCGACACCGAGUGUCAGAACCGAAGGGUGGCUCCUGGAGAGCUGCGUCCUAUCUGUGGCCCCAGGCUAUCAGUGAGGGGGAAGGGGGGAUGAGAUGGAACUAUACACUGACAUGGGCGCAGGGGGAGGUGAAUGUACAUAUAUACUGUAAUAUUUAUACCAUGGGAGGAAUAAAGCUGAGAAAUAGGAGCGUGCUGGAGUCUGGGAAUGUAUUUCAGCAGUAGAGAGUAGUUUAUAUGUGGAGGUCUGCCCAGCGGAGGUGGUAUAGAUGUAUUGUAUUACCAGUAGUAGAAGGUAGUGGAUACAUGGGCCAGUAUUUACUAAAAAUCCGAGUUUGGCCAAUUUGUGUUUUUUUUCCCAAGUCCCAAUCCGGGAAUUCACUAAGCACCAAUCUCGGCAGUGUCU